AUGGUAGAAGCUACAGUAAUAUGCCUUGACAACUCUGAAUGGGCUCGCAAUGGUGAUUACAGUCCUAACAGGUGGGAAGCCCAACAAGAAGCUGCAAGUAUCAUUGCAGGGAACAAAACUCAAAAUCCCGGCAACUCAGUAGGAGUCGUAGCAAUGGCAGGUCCAAGAGUCGAUGUUCUCGUAGCUCCUACGAACGACAUAGCCAAGAUUUUCGCCGCAAUGCACUCAACCAGUAUUAAAGGCAAAUCCGACCUUUACUCAGCCCUUCAGACAGCUCAAUUAGCCCUUAAGCACAGAUCAAAUAAAGAGCAAAGGCAACGAGUGAUCGGAUUCGUGUGCAGCCCUGUGGAGGUGGAAACAGAAAAGCUAGUGACCCUUGGCAGGAACCUUAAAAAGAACAAUAUUUCACUUGAUUUAGUAGUCUUCGGGAAUUUAGAUAAUAUUGAAAAACUCCAAGAACUCCAUAAAAAUGUGAACUCAGGCGACAACUCCCAUCUGGUGUCCAUUCCUUCUGGCAUUGGAAUUUUGUCAGAAAACUACUACUCCCCCCCCUCCGUGAGUGAACAAAAAAAAUUUUGUUCACUCACGGAGGGGGGUUAAUUUUUUUUUUUAAAAAAAUUUAUAUAUAUAAAUUUUAUAAAAAAUAUUUUUUUUGAAAUUUAAAAAAAUCCUAAUUCACAAAAAUUGGAAAGCAAAUAUUAAUUUAAUUUAUAAAAUUUAUGUUUUAAAAAAACAAUUCGUUUAAAAUUAAAACAGAAUUAGCUCUAGAUUUCAUUAUACUAAUUAUCAUUUAUAUAUCAAAUUUUUUUUCCAUAAAAAAUUUUUGUUCACUCACGGAGGGUGGGUUUUUUCGGGCAAAAAAUAGCGAUUUUUCUAAUGGUUUUGUUCACUCACGGAGGGGGGGGAGUUAGCAAAUACCCCAAUUAUGCACGGAGGGUCGGGACAGCCAGCCAAUUUUAGCGAGUAUGGAGGGAUUGAUCCAAACGCAGAUCCAGAAUAUGCAGCUGCGAUUAGGCUAAGUCUUGAAGAGCAUAAGAAAAGACAAGACGACCAAAACAGAGAAGGAGGCCAAAAUCAGCCAAUGGAAGGAAUUUCAGAAAUGCAAGAAGAAGACGAAGAAGAAAGGCUUUUACAAGAAGCCAUUAAGCUCUCAAUGAUGGAUAUCGAGCAAGAGCCACCCAAAGAAGAAGCCAAACAAGAACCUCCUAAACAAGAGGAUCCUGAUGUCUCAGCGUUUAGAAACCAAGAGUUCGUAAGUGACAUUUUGUCAUCUCUCCCUGGAGUUGAUAUGCAAGAUCCAGCAAUCCAAGAAGCUCUCAAGUCUCUCCAAGGCAAAGAUGAGGAGAAGAAAAAGGAGGAAGAAAACAAGAAAGAAGAAAAUCAAUAA